UUUUGGUCCAGUAGUUGCAUGUUACUAUGCGCUUGCAAAAUCUGUCACAGCUCUACUUCAGUACCUUGCCAACAGGAGCAACGCUAACGCGAACCCUGCUUGUCGAUAAUUUGUCGCAUUGGAUUGGUUAGACGGCAGUAAUAUAGGGCUAGAUUAGCUAACCACUGCCCUGCUGUUCUGUUAUACAACGCUAGGAGAAAAUAGUUUGCAUUUAUAAACUUAAUCACGACUUAUUGACUUUUAGCCAGUAUUAUUUUGCGGUAUUUUUUUUCACAACGUGAGCUGGUUACAGAAUGGCUGCAGAAAGCAGGAUGUUUUUUGACGUUAGAUGUCCAAAUGGAGAUUUUGGCAGAGUUUUUGCCAAUAUUUUACGCGGGCAAAGCGAUGCACGUCAGUUUCACUUUCAGGAUGGGAAUACUCCUCACACAGCUGGAACAUGACGGCAAAAUCUGUAUCCUUUGCGAUGCUACAGCGUUUUCCUGUGUAGUUUAAUGCCUGUCUGCCUCUAUGGCGCAGCAUCUCUCAGUGUGGGAUACCAUGGAGCAGCUAGAAGAUGAACUUACGUGCCCAAUCUGCUGCGGUCUCUUCGAAGAUCCCCGGGUUUUGCUGUGCUCACACAGCUUUUGCAAGAAAUGCUUGGAGGGACUGUUGGAGGGAAACCGAGGUCCAUAUUUCAGAGCACCUUUCAAAUGCCCCACAUGCCGCAAAGAGACCCCUCACAACGGUGCAAACAGCCUGCAGAUCAACUACUCUCUACGCGGGAUUGUGGAGAAGUACAGCAAAAUCAGGGUUAUGCCUAAAAUGUCUGUUUGUAAACAACACUGCGGUCAGCCUCUAAACAUAUUCUGCGCCACGGACCUAAACCUCAUUUGUGGGUUUUGCGCGACAACAGAUGACCACAGAGGGCAUAAAUUCUGCUCCUUGGAGGAAGCAUAUGAGCAAGAGAAGAAGGCGUACGAAGAGCUGCUGCGCGGGGUGGAGAGCUGGCAGAGCGCAGACAUCCUGUCCUGCCUGGAGACACUGCAAGCCAGUAAGAAAAAGGCACUUCAGUAUGUGAACAAGGAUGCAGAAAAGGUGACAGAUUAUUUCGACAAACUCGUCAGUACCAUUGAAUGCAAAAAGAAUGAGAUCCUCUCCGAUUUUGAAACGCUGAAGCUGGUGGUGAUGCAGACAUACGACCCGGAGAUCACAAAGCUCAGCGCGGCGGUGGAGGAGCACACACGGGCGCUGGGCAUCGCUGAGUCUUUUCGGAGUGUAUCCGACCCCCUGUGCUUUCUGCAACAGAUGCAGGAGUUUCGGGAGAAGUUUAAGGUAUUGAAAGAGACUCCACUGCCCUCUCGGAAAUACACGGACGUCAGUCCUCUUGUGCGUAACUUCGAUGUAAAGAAGUGGGACUCACUGAGGCUCAGAGAAGUUGACAAGAUCUCAGUCCCCCACGAGAAUGGCCACUACAGAGAGGGGGGUUCACGGAUGCCAGCGUCGAGAUGGAUCACCUUAUUUAUAAGUAUAUUCCUGCCGAUUCUGCUCCUGCUGCAGCCGCCCAACCUGGCACCCUACGUGCCUUCGCAGGUUGAACCGAUGCUCACUGCUGUUUCUUCGCACCUCACACACCUUGGGGUGUACCUCAGCGAAAUGACUGACAUGUUCUCAAGUUUACUGGGUGCAGGUCAGGAAUGUAUCGUGAACUUCUUUCCCUAUACUGUCAGUGUUAUUGACACGUUAUUUAAUGAAUAGUCUGUGGCAUCUCUGCCAUGCACUCACAGCUACAAUCCAAGGGACCCUUGACGCGCUUAACACUAAUGACAGUUAUGCACUCCAAUAUAAUUUCACACUUUUUGUAUGUAUUUUCUUUUGGUUUUUGGCCAAGCUCCAACCUUAUUGAAGCCAACGAAUCACAUAAAAUCAACCACUAAUGAACAGUCUGUAGCCUACAUUUAAAUAGAUAGACACUAUCGAUGUGCAAUCUACUUUAUCUUUUUAUUAUCAGUAUGACACUCCAAGAUGAUUUUGAUAAAUAAACGGUGAAGUUUAAGUCACGUCCAUGUUUGUUUUUUUAUCUAGUGCGUCAUGCCAACUCAGCCUAUUAUUUAGAGGCACAAGGGUGUGUAAUAAAAUAAUUUACAAAGUGUAAUUCCUGGCCUCUUCCCUGCAGAGCGCGUCAGCACCACAGUGAUGCUGCAACCUCUUCAAGGUUACAAGCGUUGCAUAACAGGGCCCGUGUGAAAUAUUCACCAGCCUGCAGAUACAUUGAAAGAGGGGGAAAAGAUGUGUUAUGUUAACGAUAUUUCCAUGAAAACUGACAACUGUUUUUCCCUCAUCGUUGAUAAUAAAACUACAAGGCAAGUGUACACGAUUGUCA